AUGUGGCUGGCUAAGCUCAGCACCCGGGUGCUCCUACUGUUGCUGCUGGCUUUGGCUUUGUCCCCACCCGGGACUCAGGGGCGGCCCCGGGGACGCAGGGCGGCGCGUGUCACUGAGCUCUUGCCACAGCUUUUCCUCCCUGUGACAGGGACUCGCCUGGCUCCCAGAACCUCCCGGAGCACAGAAAUAUUUCCAAGAGACCUGACCUUGAAAGACAAAUUCAUAAAGCAUUUCACAGGACCUGUCACAUUUUCAGCUGAAUGCAGCAAACACUUCCAUCGACUUUAUCACAAUACCAGAGAUUGCUCGAUGCCAGCUUAUUAUAAAAGAUGUGCUAGAUUGCUGACGAGAUUAGCUGUGAGUCCACUGUGCUCCCAGACCUAGGAAACUUGUGCUACAUUUCAUAAGAUGCAAAUAUAAUUUGAAGAAAAAGUACCUGGAAUCAUAUUUAAUGUAAAAAGUGGACACGUUUAGUUUUCUACGAACCGUCAUGAAGUAACUUCCCAGGAGUAACCUAUGAGUGGCGUCCUGCAGGAGGAAGAAAGCUUUCCUGAUUCUGGACACAAAAA